UAUAUUAUAUUUAUUAUUUAUACUUUAUAUUAAUUAUCUACUUAUAUAAACUAUAAAUAGAUAUAAAUAGUAUUAUAUUACUUAUAUUUGUUAUCUAAUUAUAUAUUACUUAUAUAUUUAUUAUAUCUAUUAAUAUAGUUGGAAUUAUAUCUAAUUAAUUUGAAGUCAUUCUAUUACUCCCAUCCGAAAGACCGAAAGUCCGAAAGAGAUGGAUCGUCCUAGAUAUUCGGUUGAUAUGGGUAACCUCGAGCGUAACCGAACGAACGAGCUUGCGAGGAAGAGAUCCCGCAAAGGUAAAUCACAUCUCGGCUCUUCAUCUCAAAGUCAAGAUGAUUUUGAUACGGGUUACGUAAGGAGGGAUGGGGAUGCGAUGACCGACGAACAACUAGAACAAGAAUUGCACCGACAUAAUUCCCGCUUUUUUCAAGACCAACCGAGGACCAUUGACGAAGAAGAGCUCGAGGACGAGGACGACGAUGUGGAGGAAGCAAUUCCGGAGAGCCACGACGACGACGAGGAGGAGGGUGGCGGCAGCCAUGACGCCGACCAAGCAGCCUCAUCCCAAACAGGUACAAAAAAAAGUAAAUCUGAAUUAAUGGCUAAUAAUUUUUCUAAGUGGAAGGACCCGAACACCAGGAAUUGGACCGCAACUUGCAAUUGGUGCAAGAAAAACUAUAGCUUGGGGAUUUCCGGUGGAUACGGAUCCGCCACAAGACACCUUAAGUCCAAACACCCGGUGGAGUAUGCAAAAUUAGGCGGCGGAACGGGGAAACAAACGCAAAUAUCGAGGUUUGCAAAUAACCAACAAGCUUUUGGUAAUUUCUCAUACAAUGAUGCACAAAAUUUGACAGGUAUGGCUAACUUACUUGUUGAAGAAAAUUUGCCUUAUUUGUUUUCUGAAAGUCUUGCUUUUCGUGAUUAUGCACAAACUUGUUUAAA